CCACAAACAUGGAUCAGAACCCAAUCGCUAAAGCUCUCGUAAGUUUCGAGGCGACGGAUGAAGUUGACCUGUCUUACAAGGCGGGAGAUGUUGUCAAAGUUAUUAAACUGUCGCCGGGCAUCGAAUGGUGGAAGGUGGAACUGAACGGGAAAACUGGGAUGGUCCACAAAGAUUCGUUUGAAUUAUAUAAGUAUAUGGUAGUUGUUGAUUAUCUGCAACCCCAAGAAGGUUAUCUCCAGUUAAACACAGGAGAUUUGAUAGAUAUAGUAGGCGUGCAAAAAUACAAAUGGAUCGGGAGGAAUCAACACGGAGAGGAGGGUAGCGUAGAUACUAAUUAUGUUAAACAAUUGCCUCCAUUCCCCAAAAAAACUGAUACUUUGGAUCGAAUAAUACCGCACGAAAUUUUGGUGGAUCUGCGUAAGGGUAGGCCACGUAAAGCAUCUAGGAGCGUUAUAUCACCUCGAGCUCACACAGUGGACAUCGUUGAAGUCACAGAAGAAUUCGAUGAAAUUCCGGUUGAGCCUGCCGAGGAUAAGGUCGAGAUGAGACCAAAGACUCAAAGACCCACUCUGCCAUGGAUGCAGGAACUUUCCGAUAAGAACAAGACGAGCAGCUUGUUCUCUAAUCACGUGCUCUUGGAUCAGAAGACGACGCCGAAGAUCAGGACUCGCGAACUUCCAAAGAACUUCAGCAAAAUAAAGGACAUGUGGAACCAAAGCGAUACUCAGGUUACCACCUCCACGUCGACCGUUCGGAGCAGCUUCAACAACGGCAUCUUACGCAAAAGCAUUCGCGUCGACUCCAUCGAGAGCCAAGAGCAUCCUGGUAACGCAAAAACCAUCCAAAGAAGCAGCCUAACCACGACGCUAAUCCAAAACGAUAUGAACGAAAGUCCAAUUGUGCAAGAGACACAAACCAAAAUGUAUCGAGAGAUCAAACCGCCUGUCCAAACCAAAGGUAGGGUAAAUGCAAACCUAAUUGUAGAUCCAGUGAAAACAGAGAAUCAACCCAAAAUGUAUCGAGAGAUGGAACCGUCUAUCCAAACUAAAGAUAGGACAAACGUAAUGCGAAUCCGAGUAACAAACGAACAAAUUCCUGUACAACCAACCCAAACAAUUGUGCAAGAGAAACAAACCAAUAUGUCCCCAUUUGGGGACCCAUGGAGAAACAGACUAACUUAUCUAUUACCAACCAAAACUAUUGCACAACCAGAAAAAGCAGCACCGAUCGUGGUUACGGUGCAACCAGAUAAAAGCCUUGAAAAUGCUCCACCUCUACCAACGAGAAAAUCGAUUCCGAAAUUGAUACCACACGUACCGAAAAUCACUGCGAAAGAAGAGGAAGAACCGGUGCCCAAACUACCGGAGUCCGAGCCUCCGAAAUUGACGAAGCAAUGCGCAAUUCCGAUCCAUAAAGAAGCACCGAAAGAUGACGCAAAACAAAUCGCAACACUGAACACCAUGGUGCGGGAGCUUCAGGAGGAGAACAUGGAAAUGAGACGGAGGAUGUCUGCGCUCGAAAAGAGGCUAGAGUUCCUCAUAGAAAAGGUGCUGAGUUAAAGCGAAAGCGCCAGUCCGAUCCAUUUGCGCGGUCACCUAUAACCCACCUACAACAUAUAUGUUCUAAUCUGCAGUUUCCUAUAUUCAUUAUUAGAUAACGUUAUACAAAUGUACGUUGCGCAGUGUGUGCCUAUUAAAGUCGAUUAAAUUAUUUGCGAA